CUAAGUAUGGCUUUAUCAGAACCUAGCAUCACUUUAACGUAUUACUACUUCCCCGUUUUAGCUAAAAAGAACUCGCAGAGAACACUGAUUGUAUACAUAUUUCACGCUGAAGCGUUUCCACUUUUGUCUUUUUGAUACCCUUGUUUUGCUCCAAAGCCCAGGAUAUUGCCUGGCAUUGCUGACAGUUCACAUAAGCCACUACGUGUGGAAUUCGUCGGACACAAGCUGCAAGAGCAUCAAGACCGUCCCUUUUUCUUCGUUCAUUUUCAGGACUUUCUCGGUCCGACUCAGCAAGGACCAUGGUUCAAGAAGUCGAAGGCACGUUCCAGAUUGGAGAUGCCAGCCUCUACACCAAAUCAUGGCUUCCUGACAACGCGCCAAGAGCUAAAAUGAUAAUGGUCCAUGGCUUCUCGGACCAUAUGGGCCGCUAUUACGAACUGUUUCCCACGCUUGCGGAAGCGGGCAUUGCGGUUUAUGGCCUGGACCAGCGAGGCUGGGGUCGCUCCGUCACCAAGCCAGCCCAGCGCGGCCUCACGGGACCAACAUCCCAAGUGACGGCGGACAUUGCAGCAUUCAUCGAGUCCCAGCUACCGUCCGACGUCCCGGUCUUCGUCCUCGGUCACUCCAUGGGCGGCGGGCAAGUCCUCACGCUGGCCAGCGACCCCAAGUACGAGGACCUCAUCAAGCAGGUACGCGGCUGGAUCCUGGAGUCGCCCUUCAUCGGGUUCACGGCGGAGGAGGAGCCAAACUUCCUGACCAUCUUCUCGGGGCGCCUGGCGGGCAAGCUCAUGCCGCACUUCCACCUGCACCGGCCCAUCGCGGCGGACAAGAUCAGUCGGGACCCGGAGGUCGUGGAGUCGAUCAAGCAGGACAAGCUGAUGCACGACACGGGCACACUGGAAGGACUUGCGGGGCUACUGGACCGCACGGCUGCGCUUGGCAAGGGCGACGCGAAGCUCAGCAGGAAUGUGAAGAGCCUGGUGCUCAUGCAUGGCGAUGCGGACCGGGUGUGCAGUUUUGCGAAGGCCAAGGAGUGGUUCGAGAGGCAGAAUAUCGAAGACGGGGAGUUCAGGGUGUAUGAAGGGUUCUACCAUCAGCUGCACUCGGAUCCUGGACGGGAGAGGUUCUAUGGUGAGGUUAGGGACUGGAUUCUGGAAAGAGUUCAGGGUGGUCGGAAAGCAGGCACAGAGGUUACGAAGACCAAGAGCUCGGUUGAGGGGGGACGGGCCGAAGCGAAGUUGUGAGAAGUGUUUGAUAUGUGUGUGUGUUUGAAACGGAAUGUCCUGUUACCAGAUAGCUUCAUUUCCCGAAGGACGCUUUCUGAAGUGUUCUAAGGUGUCUCAGGAUACUGGACAGUACCAACAGUACCCCUAAGCUUUACAUCGAGGUAGUUUGAUUUGAGCUAUCAUAUCUUUUUGUAUUUGUAUAUAAAUUUAUUUAUUUAUUUAAAAAUUAGCCCCCCAAUUUAAAUAUAAAAAACC